CUGGCUGCUGGGUGAAUGUGCCGGGCGGCGGCGGCGGCGGCGGCGGCGGGCCUGAGGAAGGGGAAGGCGGGCCGCGAGGGAGAUCCGAGCGCCUUGGAGGCCGGGGAGGGAGCGGCGGAGCGGGCGGAGGGUUUGGCUGGGCUGGGCCUGGGAGGAAAGGCGAGAGAGUGCCCCGUUCAGGGCCUUCCUUGGGAGGAAGGAGGGGAGUCUUUUAGCUGGAGGUUCCUGGCUGGGAAGCCUAGGCCUUGGGGUUUAGCGGUGGGAUAAGGCCCGGGGGGAAAGGGAAGGGAAGGGAAGGGCGAGCUAGGAGGCCUCGUUUCCCGAGGAGGAGUCAGUAGCCAUUGCCCAACUCCGAGGGGGCAGCAGGGAGGCUUCGCCGGCUCCGAAGGAGGCUUCUAGUUGGGAAAGGCGCCUUUUUAAACGGGGAUUGAUUUGUGUUUUUAAAAAAGGAAGGUGUUGUAGAGGUUUAUCUCUGAAAGAGUGGGAUGGAAGGAAGGUGCUGAGUGACCGGGGAGAAGAGGGAAAGUAGGGGAGAGGCUGCUAGAGAGAGAGGCUUUCUUUUCACAAAUCAUAGUCAAGCUCAGGGCCGCCUUUGCAUCAAGGGCUUGAUCCGAGGGCAGUGAGGGCACCCAAGCUUAGAACAGCAAAACGGGGGAGCUUCAGGUAUCAGAAGCCCCAAAACCAUUUGGCUUCAGGUACCAGAGAUCCCAAAGUAGCCCUUUAGGAUUUGGGAGCCUAGAGCUUUUCUUGGAGGAAUCCCUGCCUCUCGGGAGCCUCCUUUUUUGUGUGUCAGGAGUCCUGGGUCUCAGUAACUUUUAGGAACAGCCGCUUGUUUGUAGUGCUGAAGAAAGAAAGUAGCCACUGGGAAGGAAAGCCAGCCUUGACUUAAAAGAAGGGUUAGGAAACAGCUCCGGUGGGGCCCCUGGUGUUAAGGAGCGCCCUUCUGUGCUGCUGAGGCUCUACUCCCCUCACCAACCGCUUCCCAGACCAUCCAGAGGCCAUGCAGAAAGAGGAACUGGGGAUGGAUGAGAAUCGCAACCCAGAGGAGGAGCUGCAUCUCCUUGGAGGGAAGAAGGAGAAAUGCCACAACCUUAGCAACCGCAUCCGCACAGGGGGUGGAGCAGAGCUGGGCUACAGGCCAAGCCAGGUCUCCAGAGAAGGUUCAUGGGAGUCAAAUGGUUACACCACCCCCGCUGAGAUAGCAGAAGAGCCCAGUGUCCCCCUGAGCCCUUCCAACAGCCUUAACAUCCGCAAUCUCCAGUUGUCUGAACGGGACCCUCCAGUUCCUCAUCACCCACGCCGCUACCCUCCUCACUUCUACCACGGCCGCCCCUUCCAUGCUGCUUACCGCAAGACCUACCGAGGGAACCCCUCAGAUCGCAAAGAAUGGGGGCCCAGCACCAAUGGCCACCACCACUGUGCUCCGGAGGGCGUUUCCAAUGGGCGAUGGCAGCAUCGGCGUCGAGGGUACUCAGACCCACCCUCUCCAUCCUCAUCUCCUGAGUCAGAACGAGGCACCACUGUCAAAGCCAGUGAGAAGCCUGCUGUGGCAUCUAAUGCCAACAGCGCAGCCACUGAAGAGUCUGGGAAAGAAACAUGGUCGCUCUUCAGGCCUCUUCCUGCUUUCCCGGUCGAUAGCAGCAGUGCCCGGAUCAUCCCCAAGAUCUCGUAUGCCAGCAAGCUGAAAGAGAACUUAGAUCAGCCAGGGAAAGCCUGCCAUGUUCCUGCCUCAGCCGUCCGUACCACGAAUAGCCUCCCCAAUUGUGUCUUGGCACCACCCCCAAGCAGUUCCCCACCUAUUGACAGCAGUCGACAACAGCAUCUGGGAGCUAUCUUUCAAAAUGAAUGGGGCCUCUCCUUUAUCAAUGAGCCAGGAGCUGGGCAUGGUGGGGGUGGUGGGACAGCAUCAGACAAGGAGGAAGAAGAAGCAGAUGCUGGAGCUUGCUGGGAAAAAAUGGAAGCCGGUGACUGGCAGGCUGCAAGAAAUUAUCACUUGGAAGAGUGGAGUCAUAUAUGGGAACUACACAAUCAAGCUCCUAGCAGAGUGAUUGUCUACACGGAUACCUUGGAUGGAAAGGGUUAACUCCAAGAAUACCCAGGGGAAGCACCGCUAAGAUAUGAGGGGGGCACAUGGGGAAAGGCAAGGCCCACCCCACCCCCCUUGAAGACUGGAGAAGCCCAGGCAUCUUGAAAGGGGAAGCUAUGCCACCUGCCUACCUCCCUCCCUCUGCUGUUAUAGCCCAAAUUGUUCUGGGUGGGGCUGAUGCCUCAUCCCCCUCUCUUCCCACUGAUUUAAUGCUCUGGUUUUAAUUUCUUCACAUGGUUUUUAAUUUCUCUGGAUUCCCCUGAAAAUAAAGGCAAAAAAGAAUUUAUUUAAAUUCA